GGGGUGAAGGGGGGAGAGAAGAAGAGGAGAAAGAGAGAAAGAGAAAGACAGUCGAGCGCGAACUCGUGGUGUGCGGAGGUGCCACCAGCCGGAGUCGGAGUAACAGCGGAGAGUCGGAGGUGGCCCGUGCCUGUGGCUACCCGUGACCGCCCGUGGCUCGAGAGCUGUAACUCGUCGCGCCGUUGUAACGUGACGCGCGCGCGAGAGAGAGAGAAGAGGUGCAUGCGUGCGUGCGUGCGUGCGCGACGCGUUUCUCGCCCGUCCGUAUUUUUUACCUCCGUCGCGCGCGCGACGCGACGUCGACCGUCGCGCGUCGUCCACCGGGAGCACGAACGGCGCGAAGGUGCUCCGUGUGCCGCCGUCUCUCCUCCACGCUCCUCCCUCGCUCUCCUUUUUUUUCUCUCUCUCUCCAUCUCGUCUCCUCUCUCCGUUCGCUCGUUUCUCCGCUCCUUCGCUCGCCUUCUUUCUCUCUCCCUCACGUACCACGCGAGUGUGAUCGGUACAGUGCGAACCAGUGCGACGUGAUACGUUCUCGCUCGCGGAUCGCCCUUCGCUGUGCUCGCGCGACAGGAUAGUUAGGUGCCGCGCGUAUACGUCAUCGUGAAAAAGACUGUCAGGAGUGCCUUACUAACUUCUUCCCCCCCGAGCUGGCUGUCGUACGGUCGUACGGCCCGACACGUUCACCGUCACCGUCACGGCGAGAUCCCGAGCGAAGAGAGAGAGAAAGAAAGAAAGAAAGAGAGAGAGAGAGAGCGAGCGUGAGAGAGGGACGGAUAGAUAAAGAGAAAAAGAGAGCUCCACGGCGCGCCGUGCGACGAGCGAUACGGAGCGAGCGUGAAAUCGGCAUCGAUCGUGCACAACCAUACGUAGCUCCCGAUAAUUCGCAGAGGCGACAAUAAGAGGGCCCGCCGUAAGGAUGCUGUACGCUUUCGUGAGGAUCGAGAGGUCGCGAGUCGUAUCACGAGCUUGCAGCGGCGUAACCAGCUGAGAAUGUCAGAGCAAAACGGGCCCAGCGAGGGCCCAGGGCCAGGGCCCGGCUCGGAUUCGGGCUGGUGGCCAAACACGCAGUCUUGGAAAUCGUCGGCGGCCGCCUCGUCGUCGACCUCGUCGACUCCCACUUCGGCGGCAGGUUCCGCAUCCGUUUCUGUCUCCUGCUCCGCGUCCAGCUCAUCCUCGACGAGCUCUUCCACCUCGGCCAACUCGUCCGCGACUUGUUGCCCCUCGUCCUGCAUCGGCGUGUCCUGCACGAUGAGCCCAAGCCGCUCCGCGGAAACGGGGAAAAACGUGUCCGUCACCACUAUUAACGUACCGCCCAAUCAAGAAAUGCACGAUGGUAAAGGAGUAUGUAAAUAUCUCGGGGGGCAGAAUGGCGUGACGGUGUCGGUGGUAUCGACCUCGGUACUGGGAUGCGGAAACGCGAACGCCAUCCCGACAAGCGGAAUCUGCACGAAUACGGGGCCGCAUAGUAUCGGUAUCGGAAUCGGCGGCAUCCUCGCCGCGAACGCGGCCGACAUCGAUGAUCCCGAGGACAGCGACGGCGAGAUCAGCAAAAUCGACUUUAGAGGCGUCAAUUUACGUUCGAAGAAGAAACGCGACGUAUCGGGUAAUCAGAAUGGCGACAAAAUCGGUGACGGAGAUGCAAACGGCGACGGCGGGGGAUGUUGCGAUGACAAUUCGCAACAGCAGCCAGAGAGGCCUAUGUCAUGGGAGGGUGAACUAUCGGACCAAGAAAUGUCUUCCAAUACAAUUACUAAUCAGGAUCACAAUGAGGAAACGUCUAUGGAGGGGGUUCAAGUAUGCAGCACGAGCCCUGGGCCCAUGGAACAGAAAUUUCCUAUCAAGUCGGAACCGGAUUUUCGAUCCAGCCCAGGUUUCACAAUAGGAUCCUUUCACGAUGGUGGACUGCCCAUGACACACAAUCAACAACUGCAGCAACAGCAACAGCAACAACGCGGUAUCGAAAACCUCGAACAGACGCAACAAAGUGACCUACCGCUUCUCGUAGGCAAGCUUCUCGGUGGAUACAACAACUCGACGCCUAAUCACAGUCCUGUUCUAAAUCCGCGACAUCAUCUAACUAAACACAGUCAUACUAGAUCGCAGGUGCCGUCACCAGAUUCCGCUAUUCAUUCCGCGUAUAGUGUCUUCAGUUCACCAACACAGAGCCCCCACGCGGCACGGCAUUCCGCCCUAGGAGCGGGCAGUCCGAUACCCUCCUCGUCGCUGUCCCUCUCUCGACACAGCUUCAACAAUUCGACCUCCUCGUUAUCCUUAUCGCUGUCGCAUUCGCUUUCGAGGAACAAUUCCGACGCUUCCAGUAGCUGCUACAGCUACGGUUCGCUUAGCCCGCCUACGCAUUCACCCGUCCAGCAGUCGAGACAUCCGCAUUCGCACUCGCAACAUCAUCAGCAUCAAGUGGCGCAAGGUAGUCCGCUGCAUCUACCAGUCUCGUCCGCAGUCGCCGCACAUCAUUACUCGUCCUCUUCCGUACCAGGCUCGGAACUAUCGCCGGACGGCCAUGCUGUCGCGGAGGAUCAGGAAGACUGUAGGAUACCCUCAGCGCCGUCGGGUAUCUCCACAAGGCAACAACUGAUCAACAGCCCCUGCCCGAUUUGCGGCGACAAGAUAAGCGGCUUCCAUUACGGCAUCUUCUCGUGUGAAUCGUGCAAGGGAUUCUUCAAGCGCACCGUCCAGAAUCGCAAGAACUAUGUGUGCCUUAGAGGCGCAGGCUGUCCGGUCACCGUGGCUACGAGGAAGAAGUGCCCGGCCUGCCGCUUCGACAAGUGCCUCAACAUGGGUAUGAAACUCGAGGCGAUCAGGGAGGAUCGUACCAGAGGCGGUAGAAGCACUUAUCAAUGUACCUACACUCUACCGGCAAAUCUCGUUGGUAGUCCUGCCGGCGGUAUGACCAGUGAAAAACUGACGACGGCGGGCAACUGCAGCCCGGCACCGGCCGGUAGCGAGCACCAUUAUUCCGUUAGAUACCAUUCAAAUCAUUCUCACAAGAUACAAGUAGUACCUCAACUUUUGCAAGACAUCAUGGAUGUGGAACAUCUUUGGCAUUAUAACGACAACGAUCGGGUAAGCGGCAGUGGAGGGGUACUUGGAAGUGCAAGGAAUAACAUUGGUGACAGUAUGCUGUUCGGUGGAUCCGGAAGUGGUCUGACGCCCAGCGGUAUUGGAACCGCGACCGGUAUUGGCGCCGGAAACAACGGAGGUGCGGUGGAAUGUUUGUCGAAUGACUCUAGUAACGUCGAUACUAACAGUAAGAAAGGAGAGACGGCGAGCCCUGCCAGUUCGACCUCAACGGGGGCGUCUGAUCAACAUUCCACAAAUGGCAAUACCACCAACAAUAGUAAUUCUCAAAUCGCCAGUAAUUCCAAUGGCAAUUCAGCGCAGCAUCCGGACUUUCUAUCUAAUCUGUGCAACAUCGCGGAUCAUCGGCUUUAUAAGAUCGUCAAGUGGUGCAAGAGUCUGCCAUUAUUUAAAAAUAUCUCGAUCGACGAUCAAAUCUGUUUGUUGAUCAACUCUUGGUGCGAGCUACUACUUUUCUCCUGCUGUUUUCGCAGCAUGAGCACUCCCGGUGAGAUAAGAGUGUCUCUUGGCAAGUCGAUUACUCUAGAACAAGCAAGACAGCUUGGUUUAGCGACUUGCAUCGAGAGGAUGCUCGCUUUUACCGACAAUCUGCGAAGACUGAGAGUAGACCAAUACGAAUAUGUUGCAAUGAAGGUGAUCGUGCUGUUAACAUCCGAUACAAGCGAAUUAAAGGAGCCUGAGAAAGUCAGAGCCUCUCAGGAAAAGGCCCUUCAAGCACUGCAGCAAUAUACAAUCGCGAGGUAUCCAGAAAUGCCUGCCAAAUUCGGUGAACUAUUGUUGAGAAUUCCAGAUCUACAAAGAACAUGUCAAGCAGGAAAAGAAUUGCUCAGUGCAAAACGCGCCGAGGGAGAAGGCAGCUCGUUUAACCUUUUAAUGGAAUUGUUGAGAGGAGAUCACUGAAUUGUCAGCACAGUGAACUAUGCCAUUCCACGCUUAUAGGGUCCAUAAGCUUAGGGAAUCGGAUAUAAUAAAUAAUCGCAGAGUAAGAAAGAUUAGGAAAAAAAAAAAAGGAAACGGCAGAUGUAAGGUCUAUAGUGACAUUAGUACUUGGUGAGGGGAUUGCAUUCUUCGUAAUUAGGACGCAUUAACUUAACAAAAAGAUGAAAAGAAUUUUUCUAUUUUACACCGGAAUGCUUCCAUACAGGUUGUGCAUGUUCGCAUUCCUGUUUUGAAACAAACGAAUUUCGAAGCGGCCUACGGUGUAUGCCGGAUACGUAUGUACGUUCCGCAUACAGGUAGAUGCUAAUGAGACUGAAAGUUUAAUUGACGAGGACACGCAGAGCAUUUACUUUUACAAUGAUAAGCGUUGUAUAAAUACGGAGAUGGUAUCAAAUAGCAUUAAAAUGCUAAAUUUUAUUAAAUUGAUGUAAUCUAUUCGAGCGCUAGCUUUAUAGUGGCAAACGCGGAUCUAUAAACAAAGUUGACCUUUAAUUAACGAUUAUAAUAGAACAACCAGUAUUGCGUAUCGUUCUGCGCUUACUUAAGAACAGAGCAUAGCCAUGCCUUAUCUAUCCCGGUUAUGAAAGUGUACUUAAAACUUAAUACAUCAGUCGACCAAUUGUCUACUUAUAGAGCAGUUAAUCAUGGAAUAAUUAGUUGAUAUCGCUUAAUUAGUAUAUAUCGUCCACAGAAUACAUGGUUUUUAUCGAUCACACAAAAUACAUUUUUAAUUCUCUUUAUAUGUUUUAACAGCUUGCCAACAAAGGGAAAAAUGAAAUUUUCAAUUGGCAUAAGUAUCACAGAAAUUUCCAGCAAUACAUAUAGCUGCUAUCUUUUCUGUAAAUAUGCUUUUUUAAGCCAGGAAUUGACUAAUACUGCUUUUCCGUUUUACUUGUAGAAAGGAUUUUAUUUUUAUUAAGUAUUAUCAAAGCAUAAAAAUAAAACGGCAAAUCAGAUUAUAUGUUAUAUAUAUAUAAAUGUUUAUAUAUUAUAUAUAUUUAUAUUAUACAUUGUUUUGCAUAAUCGUAAUAUAAUCUGAAAAUUUAUUUGCGUUUCUUUCAAUAUCAGUGGCAAACUAUAACUCCCGUUUUCUCAUUGCAGUCAUAUGGAAUUAUGACAUCAAAGCAAGAAGCGAAUUUUUUCUUUCCAAUACACAUUGAAAUAAAUAAAUUUUUUGCAUGCCAUCACGUACGUUAUUAUAGUAAAAAAUUGAUAAAAUAUAUCGAAUACUCCUUUAGUCUGGAGAUUAAUAAAUGAUUAUAAAUCUUGAUCAAUUAUCAUAAGAUACAUUUUUGUUCAAAAUGUAGCAUAUGUACAUGUAAUAUAGUAAAAUUAUAUAUGCAUUUACUAAUACAGAAUAAUAAAAAAGGGAGUUUUUGUAUUUUAUCGAUUUAUGUUGUUGAACGUGAGCGAUGUCUGAAAAAAUGGUGAAUUUCAAGCGCAAAAUAUUUAUUUGCGUAGUGCAAGAAAAAAUUCACUCUGUUUUAUUUUUGAUAUAAUAUAAUAUAGCUGUAAUGAGGAAACAGUGGCUUUAAGAAUUGUCAAAUUUUAUGCUAGUAUCAGCGAAAGGAUGCUUAUUGAUAUUGUAAAAAAAUUGUAAAGUUACAAAUUUAUUAAAAUUAGUAUAUAUUCGCCAAUCACGUAAUUAUUAUUUUUGUUAUAACAUUCUCAAAUACAUGAUACAGGCUAUCAAUUAAUGCUAAUAUUUGAGACGAAAACGACUUGAAAUUUAUAUAUACACUGGUUGUAUGCGUAUACAUAGGCAAAUAAAAGAAUGGGCAAUUAGCCAUUAAUACAUUUUUAUUUGUCUCUUUGCUGAAUCUAUAUUUACAAUAUAGUGUCGAAAUUAUUUUGCAAAAAUUUUUCUUGAGCAUGGGACAUAAAAUGUCUUUUAGGACAGGAAAAUAUUAAGAAUAUGGCGCAUUGACUACGGAUCAGCAUGAUUCCUUUACUAAGUCAAGGAACGAGAACAUUUAUUUUUGAAAGAAAUGCAUUAUAAAUGUCGCUCGAAAGAUGCAGCUAUAAGCUUGCGUGCGAAACAAACGAAUUGAUCUCUGUCGUUGGUACUUUAAUGAGACUGUCGUAUAUAUUAGCACAUUGUUCUUUGUACAAUUAAUUAGACUUUUUUUUAUUUGUUGUCUACGUUCGAUGAAAAAGCAUGUGAAGAAUAUCUCAAGACACUUAAAAAAAAUAUUACCGAUUCGCGCAAUACUUAAUAUAAAGAUAAUUUAUAAGAACCGUCUUCCUACAUUUCUAUAAAUUCUAAUAGAAAAUAACUUAUCAUCCUCUCAAUGUAUAUGCGCACACAUAUCAUUCGCGUAAUUAUGAAUGAUUUCCUUCUUCAAAGUUCAUUGUAAACAUUUGUAUAACAUUGAAGCCCUUGAUAAUAAUCCGUACAUCUCAUCAUGCACAAUAAUAGUGAUAACGUAUCAGAAAAUAUUAGCCAGUAUUUUGAACGAUUCUUCGAGUGGUAUUGAAUGAAUAUUGAAUUUGUAUUAAAAUACUUCAAAUCGGAUGCUUAAUUUGAUUAUACUUUAAAAAAUGCAACGAAAGUAACGCUGUAAAUAUAAAGAGAAAGAAUCAUAUUUUGUUGUGACGAGUGUGUGUGUGCAGAACGCGUAAAAAAGUGGGAGUGGGAGAUAAAAAAAAGAGCGAAAAAGAGAAAAUGAGGGGAAGCAUGCGAGUAUGAUAGUAUACCUGUAAUAAAGCAUAUAAAAGUCGACUUAAGCGAAAUAAUAUGAAAGUAGAAUUACAAGAAGAUAAAUAUUUGCCUGUUAAAAAAUGACUAUUCUAUGUUUAUGUUUGAUAAAAGCUAUUUCUACAUACUUGAAUGAGAUACUUCUGCUGUAGCUCAGUGAUAAUUGUCUUUAUUUGUACGUGCGUAUGUGUGUGUGUGCGUGUGUACGACACGCGGGUUAAGGAAUUUGCUUAAUUUUUCUUGUGCGAGAGAAGAGCUAGCUGUAGAGACAUUCUCUUAACUGACGCAAUUCAGUUCUCUCGUCCUCUUUUUAAAUCGUCAAAAGCAGAGAGCUAUGUACUCAAUUGAUACAGUCUUCCGUUUCCAGUAGUAUGAUACGAUAUCGUCGCGAAUUACGAUAUGCUCGCGUUCGUAUUGUAACACAUUAUAAAGAUUUGACAAAAAAAAGUCUUUUUGCCAAUCAUGACAAUAUUCGGAGGAAGCUGUGUAGAAUCGGAUUGUAUGAUAUUGUACGAAGAGCUUAAAUACGACAGACUGCACACAAUGGCAAUUAGAUAGAUAUAAAUAUAUAUUUAUAUUCGGAUUUAUACAUUUAUAUUAUAUAAAUUAUAUGAA